CCACACGAUGGCCUCCGCUCCUCUGCUGAGUCUUCGCUUCCUCGUUCCAGCAGCUUCCAUGGAUUCAAAUGUCCCAUGGAUCUUCUAACAUCCCAAUGUUCCAGGAUUAUUUUACAGGAUAUGUGACUGCCUGCUGCAGAAUUUCCUCAUCACAAUUCACUUCUGCUCACAAGCUCAAACCAUUUGGGGUUCAGCUUAUAAGAUGUAUCUUUUGGCAGCACACCUCCUGCUGUGUUGUCCAUCCGGCUGUUGUUGGACCAUCUUACCCUGUACCCAAGCACAUAAAGAAGCCAGACUAUGUGACGACAGGCAUUAUACCAGACUGGGGGGACUGCGUCGAAAUUAAAGAUGAAGAUCAGAUUCAGGGUCUUCGACAAGCCUGUCAGCUGGCUCGCCAGAUCCUCCUCUUGGCUGGAAGUAGUUUAAAGGUUGGUAUGACAACUGAAGAGUUGGAUUACAUUGUUCAUCAUGAAGCAAUCAGAAAUAAUGCAUACCCUUCGCCACUGAGCUAUGGAGGUUUUCCGAAAUCUGUUUGCACCUCUGUGAACAAUGUAGUGUGCCAUGGCAUACCUGACAGUCGACCUCUUCAGAAUGGAGACAUUAUCAACAUUGACGUCACAGUAUAUUUUAAUGGAUACCAUGGGGACACCUCUGAAACAUUCUUGGUUGGAAAUGUGGAUAAAUCUGGGCAAAAGCUCGUUGAGGUUGCCAGAAGAUGCAGAAAUGAAGCAAUUGCUGUUUGUAGGCCAGGAGCGCCACUGAAUGUAAUUGGAAAUACAAUCAGUCAGAUAGCAAAUGCCGUUGGACUGCAAGUAUGUCCUCAUUUCAUCGGCCAUGGGAUAGGCUCUUAUUUUCAUGGACAUCCUGAAAUUUGGCAUCAUGCUAAUACCAAUGACUUGGUGAUGGAAGAGGGAAUGACAUUUACAAUAGAGCCAAUUCUCAUGGAGGGAUCUACCGAAUUCAGGAUCUUGCAGGACGGCUGGACUGCACUAUCUGCUGAUGGCCUUAGAUCAGCGCAGUUCGAACAUACUAUAGCAAUUACAUCAAAAGGAGCAGAAAUUUUAACUAAGUUGCCGGAGGAAGAUCAAGAGUAAACAGGAAAACCAGAGACCCCUUGCAGAUACAGCAGUAAAAUGACUUUGCAUCCAGAGUGUUUCAAGUCCGCACUGCUAGCGUCGCUGAUGAAUAGUUUUCACUGCAGGACGGACAUUUGUCGCACUUGGAAUUUGUUACUCUCACCCUUGACGGUUUUUUCUUGACAAUUCAUAUUUUGUGCUUCGUUUUAAUAAAUGUUUUGAAAAUAAUGAUCCAAUAAAUGUGUUACGUGCAUUUGGUAUCAGAAUUGCAGCUGAUCGGACAAAUCUGACCUGUCCUCUGCAGCUUCCAGUGGCGUUGUGUGUGUUCAAAUGUGUGGAGAUGGAUGUGUUGUAAUUUG